CAACGCUAGAAAAUUCUUCUCUCCUUUACUCCUUUUCUCUUCUUUUACAUUACACGGUUACACCCACCACCAUCCUCUCAAACACAAACGUACACUCUUAUAUAAACAAACCUUCCUUCUCCACCAACAAACCCAACUCAACAAAAACUCCCAUCUUCCCUCAUGGCUCCAUCAAGCUUAACCAAAACCGCCAUAUCCACAAUCCCCACCUUCCUCGACACUACUCCUUCACUCAAUAAUCUCUCAAUCACUUUAAAAGCUUCAGAGUUUCUCGCCAAUGGCUCAUUUCUCACCCAUGUUCCUCCCAAUAUCAUCUCAACUCCUUCCCCAUUCAAAACCAACAACUCCCUCCUUGGCUGCUUCAUUGGGUUCGACGCUACCGAGCCCAAAAGCUCCCACUUGGUUCCUAUCGGCAACCUCAAAGGCAUAAGAUUUUCAAGCCUCUUCCGGUUCAAAGUCUGGUGGACCACCCACUGGGUCGGCACGUGCGGCCGUGACAUCCAACAUGAGACACAGAUGAUGAUACUCGACACAAAUCAUCACGGCCGUCCAUAUGUUCUCCUCCUACCCAUCUUAGAAGGAGCUUUUAGAUGUUCUUUGCGUUCUGGUGAUGAAAACGAUGACAGCGUGGCUAUGUGGGUUGAAAGUGGGUCCACGACUGUCCACGCGUCCAGUUUCAGAAGCUGCUUGUACAUGCAAGUCGGAGAUGAUCCGUACAGUUUGCUCAAAGAAGCUAUGAAAGUAGUCAAACUUCAUUUAGGGACUUUUAAGCUUCUACAUGAGAAGACCCCACCUCCUAUUGUGGACAAAUUUGGGUGGUGUACGUGGGAUGCAUUCUAUCUUAAGGUGAACCCUCAGGGGAUUAAGAUAGGUGUCAAGUGUUUAGUGGAUGGUGGUUGUCCGCCAGGGAUGAUUUUGAUCGAUGAUGGGUGGCAAUCUAUUGCUCAUGAUGCUGAUUCAUUCACAGAUCAUCAUCAGGAAGCUAUGGAUCUAACGGCUGCAGGGGAACAGAUGCCUUGUAGGCUAAUCAAAUUUGAAGAGAAUUACAAGUUUAGAGACUAUGGAAGUGAUGGGAAGGGAGUUGGUGUAGGAUUGGGUGCCUUUGUGAGAGACUUGAAGGAAGAGUUUAGGACAAUUGAGAAUGUGUAUGUGUGGCAUGCGCUUUGUGGGUAUUGGGGUGGGAUUAGACCCAAUGUGCCUAGAAUGCCUCUGUCAAGGGUCGUUAUUCCUAAGCUGUCACAGGGGUUAGAGAAGACAAUGGAGGAUUUGGCUGUGGACAAGAUUGUCAAUAAUGGGAUUGGAUUGGUUCCGCCUGAGCUAGCCCAUGAAAUGUAUGAUGGACUCCAUUCCCACCUCCAGUCAGCGGGCAUCGACGGCGUUAAGGUUGAUGUUAUUCAUUUGCUUGAAAUGAUAUCCGAGGAAUUUGGAGGUCGAAUCGAGCUGGCCAAAGCUUAUUACAAAGCACUCACUGCAUCUAUAAAGAAACAUUUACAAGGAAAUGGUGCUAUUGCUAGCAUGGAGCACUGCAAUGACUUCAUGUACCUUGGAACAGAGGCCAUAGCUCUUGGACGUGUUGGAGAUGAUUUCUGGACAGUGGAUCCUUCUGGAGAUCCAUAUUGGCUACAAGGGUGUCACAUGGUGCACUGUGCCUACAAUAGCUUGUGGAUGGGCAAUAUAAUUCACCCAGAUUGGGACAUGUUUCAAUCAACACACCCUUGCGCUGAAUUCCACGCAGCUUCGCGAGCUAUCUCCGGUGGACCAAUAUAUGUAAGUGACUCGGUCGGUAAGCAUAACUUUAAUUUACUCAAAAGGUUAGUUUUGCCUGAUGGUUCAAUACUGCGAUGUCAACACUAUGCCCUACCUACAAGAGACUGUCUGUUUGAAGACCCUCUUCAUGAUGGCAAAACCAUGCUCAAAAUUUGGAACCUCAAUAAAUUCACUGGCACAUUGGGUCUGUUUAAUUGUCAAGGAGGAGGGUGGUGUCCCAAGACUAGGAAAAACAGAAGGACAUCCGAGUACGCACGUACACUAACCUGCGUCGCUGGGCCAAAAGAUAUCGAGUGGAACAAUGGGAAAAAUCCCAUUUCUCUAAAGGGGGUGAACUUGUUUGCCAUAUACAUGAUUCGAGACAAGAAACUAAAGCUAUUGAAGACAUCAGAAAAUUUAGAAUUUACCAUCGCGCCAUUAGAAUAUGAACUGCUUGUAGUUUCCCCUGCCACAGUUUUAUCAAAACCAAACAUGGAAUUUGCUCCAAUUGGAUUGGUGAACAUGCUGAAUUGUGGGGGUGCAAUAGAAUCACUAGAAAUUGAUGAAAAUGAAGGUUUGGUAAAAGUCGGAGUCAGGGGUUGCGGAGAGAUGAGAGUGUUUGCUUCGAAUGAGCCCAUAAACUGCAAGAUGGAGGGAGAAGAUGUAGAGUUUGAAUAUGAUGAUGAUGAUAAAAUGGUGAAGCUCCAAAUCCCAUGGCCAAGCUCUUCAAAAUUGUCCAUAAUUGAGUAUCAAUUUUGAGGUUAAAAAAAACUCUGUUCUACAAACUUCCUAUGUAAAGGAGGAUGAUAAAUAUGUAAUGUCUAAACUUCCUAUGUCCGGAUGACUCUCAGCUUUUGUUUGUAAGCAAAAUGUUAUAAAUCAAGGAUGUUUUUUAAAAAUCAAUGCAAGUUAGAUAGCAUAAACGAUAGUUUUUUCA